AGUAGCCCGUCAAGCUAGGGUUUCUCUCCCAUGGCGGUGGCGAUGGCGAUGGCAUGAGCAAUGCCUCGUCUACUCGCUGUGCCACGGAUUUAAGGUCGCGGUCCACAACAUUCUUUUACUGCUGUGAAGCAUUCAAGAAGUCUCGGAUGCUAGGAACGCUCAGAAGAAACCUUCACGUGAAAGUCGAAUCCUACGACUCCAGGCAAGGAGCUAACGAGUUUCUUCAACGAGGUCCAACUCCUGCCUGCUUUGUAUUGCUGCUAUUGGAUUUCGUUACUGGCCACUGGAAGGAUCACACGAACAUAUUGGACGCUCAUGACGAACUCUCGGACUCUCAGUGAUCAUGUGAAAGUUGAGUCCUACGACUCCAAGCAAGGAGCUAACGAGUUCUUCAACGAGGUCCAGCUCCUGUCUGCUAUGUAUUGCUGCUAUUCUCACGGGAUUUCGUUACUGGCCACUGGAAGAUCACACGAACAUAUUGGAAGCUCAUGACUAUUGCAACACGAACUCUCGGGCUUUCAGCGAUCAAACUCAGGAACCACAUUGCAGCAAACAAACCAGACUGCUACAGGAGUUGAGAACUGCGGCAUGAGUCAGCUCCAUGUUAAGAUUUCCGCUAGGUAGUCACGCUCGUAACGAGGACUUUUCGAGCAGUCCCUUUUGGUAAGCCACGCUCUGGCUCUCGCUCUCUUCGUUCCCUGGACGUUUACGUUCGCAACACUAGGUGGAAGCGCACUCCAGAUCGCCAGACGAAAGCUCGAAUGAAUUAGCUUUGUUUCCACAAAGGGUCCUCGCAAGUCCCUUGCCGUAACCCAUCCGUACCAAAUACGUUGGCAUUGUACGAGUGUGUACGGCAGGGUAGAGGGGCAUGUACGGAAGACCUACGUACAAAGAUUUAAACGCGCGGGAACUCGCGCAAUCCUUAGGGAUGAGGUCAGGAGCGGCUGGGUGGAGUCCGGCGGUGGGUGCCCGCCUCACCCAUUUCUUCCGCAGCAAUCUGGGAAGGCGCGUCAUGUCUCUUGUCCGCCGCCUCUUCGAUCGCCAUGGCUUGCAGGUUGAGGAGGAUGGGAUGGUGGAUCAUCCCACAGAGUCGUGGUUCUUGGACGACGCGGGGUGGAUCCAUGGCGGCACGGUCUCGGAGCUCAAGUGUAGCAUCUGGAGCGCGGUCAUCUUCCACAUAUUGCACGCUCCGGUGCCCGAUGCCGUCUUGCGUCUCUUCAUCGCCAAUGCUUAUUUCUUCCAGCGCCAGCAGCAGGAUCCUUCCAGCGAUGGGUGCCAGGAUUUGCCACUUUGCUCCGAGUUCCAGGGCUGCAACUACAUCUUGUCCAAGUUGGACGAGCUGAUGGCCGCAAAUGCUGCGACGACAGUGUGGGAGGAUCAAGAGGAAACACUGGCGCGUCUAACACGAUCUGCGAGCGUGAUGGCUCGUUUUUGUCAUGGCAAAAAACCCGAAGACGACUUACUGGAUCUUUUGGACGUAACCAAGAUCUUGCUGGAGCUUGUCUACUGCUGGGUGCUGCUUCAGCUCGGGCGCAACAAGAAAUCCAUCGCUUGGCUCACGGGACUAGAGAGCCAAGCUCUAGCCGGCACCACCACCACCGGUGGCCAAGAACAAGUGGAGAAGCUUUUCUUGUUUCUCUUGGCCAACUUCGACCAUGGGCAUCGGCCCGAUCGGGCUAGCUUAGCGAGGCUGAGACAAAUCCACGACAGCUUGAGCAGCAGCCUGGUCAGGAUCGAAUGGAAGUCGACAAAUGUAUUGCCUGGUGCGCUCCAGAUGCUCGAGGAGCUCAUAGCUGCGCAUGAUACGAUUGGUGAUGAUCACGUAUACGGUAAUCAUGGUCAGUUCGCCCACUGGUUUCGAGACCACUCGCAGUCCUACAAUCGCUUCCGCCGGUGGAAGCGAGCUUUCUACCCCGUCGACGCGAGCGAACUCCUCGGCCGCCUCGUCCACACCUGGAUGAGGACCACGAGAGGUGCCAUGGACCACGCGCGGCUCCAGUCCUUGUGUUGCUCCACGAGCAAGGAUUUCGUGGAGCACGUCAAGCAGACGCUGGAAAGUAACGUCGAGGAGGAGAAGCGGAAGCUCCAUGACGCGGCUGCUGUGGUUUAUGGCACAGAGUUGAGCGUCUCGUUCGUGCUGCUGUGCUCCGCUGUGGCGUGGGACAAAUCCACCACGUCACAGAGCCUGGAUGCGGAAGAGCUGGGGAGCAUCAAUGGUAAGCGGAUCAUCCAAGUUGACGAGCACCCAGUGGAUACGGUGGUGAAGUUGAUGGUUAACGCGGUGCUCGGAGAUUUUCUGAAUGUGGCUCACGAUCGCGAGACUUGGAUCCGGGACUGCAAGGUGCUGCUCAAGAAGCGUUGUCCGAUUCGCUUGCCCUGGAAACCUGCGGCCAGCGUCCAUUUUCUGGAAGACGUGGCCAUGGAAAGGUGGAGGGAGAUGGACGCAUGGAUCCGGUCUCCUGGCACACUGAGUGAGCUGGGAAUGGCGAGUUACGAGCAAGCUCUCCAGGCGAUGAGGAACGCGAUCUUCCGGGACGGAAGAGUCGUGGAUCAAGCGAGCAAAGAGUUCGUGGCAAGGAUUGGCAAGCUGCUGGAAGCAAAGGAUGAACAGGUCUACGAGCUCAUAGAGAUCUACAUUGAUGACAGGAUCCAGAAGGCUUGUGGAACUAACAGUGGGACGACGACGGCGAGCAAGAAGAGAGGCCGGGGAUCCAUGGCCGAGUUUGCGGUGGUCGUGAGUCCUUACCGGCUGGUAAUGGGUCUCCUGUCCAAGCGGCAGCGGUGUCACAUGUCGGAUUGUCACUUGCAAGGGGGACAAGCCAUCACCCCGCUGGAUAUGAUGAAGAUUAAGGUCGCGAUGCUUCGCGUUAAGCGACGGUUGGCCACUGUUCACAUGCGCUAUGCUUGUUACCACGGUAACAAGAACAAAUCUUAAGGUGGAAGUGAUUGAUCAAAAUAAGAAUAUGCCACUUUC